CCCAAAAAAUACUUGGCCAUCCUUAAUCAUGCUUAAUGAAAUCUUAGUGGAACUUCCCCUAUACAAGAAACUUCAUAUCCAGUAUCUUGUAUUGGAUGAAAAUCAACCUCGUACGUUUUACAACUUCAUCUUCUUAAUUUGCUUCAGAGAAAUGGAAGUUCAAAUCAUUUCUAAAGAAAUUGUCAAACCCUCUUCUGCAACCCCUCAACACCUGAGCACCUACAACCUCUCUCUCCUCGAUCAAUUAGCUCCCCAAAUUUACGUUCCCAUAAUUCUCUUUUAUUCAGCAAGCAGAGAGAAUUCCUACAGAAAAUAUCAUCACCUGAAAACAUCCUUGUCAAAGACAUUAACCCACUUCUCUCCUUUCGCCGGACGAAUUAAGGAUGGCUUUUCCAUUGACUGCAACGAUGAAGGUGCUUCAUUUAUCGAAGCAAAUGUUGCCGGAGAAAUAUCCAUGACACUUGAAGAAUCCGACGUACAUAAGUUGGAAAAGCUACUACCUUGUAAUCCGUAUGAUGUAUCCUCUGAGAUAAGCUCUCGGGUAUUGUUAGCAGUCCAAGUGAAUUACUUCGCUUGCGGUGGAAUGGCAUUGAGUGCUUGUAUUUGGCAUCCAAUUGGGGAUGCAUCAGCAUUGGCGUCCUUUCUUACUAGUUGGGCUGCAAUUUCACGGGGUGCCACUGAUGAUAUUGAAGGUGUAAUCUCUGAUUGCACCUCGCUUUUCCCUCCACAAGACGUAUCAAGUUUCUCGUUACGUAAUUUCUUCAACGAGGACUUGUUAAGUAAAAUUACGAUGAAAAGGUUCCUGUUUGACAGCUCUAAGAUAGCUGCACUGAGAGAAGAAAUAGGCAACAGCUCAUGUUUGGAUCCUCCAACACGAUUUGAGGCUGUGGCAGCUCUCAUUUGGAAAGCUGUGAUGGCUGAAACUGAAGAAGAUCAAAAUGGAAACGAAACUAAAGCUAACGAGAUAAAUGUUGCAAUCAUUGCAGUGGAUCUGCGGAAAAGAAUGAUUCCACAGUUGCCAAAGCUAUCAAUUGGAAACAUCUUUCAAGUGACAAAGGCUAUUUGUUCAAAGAAUGAUGAGAAACUGGUAGACUAUAAUGCUUUAGCAACGAAGCUUCACGAGUCAAUAGGGAUGGUGAACAAUGACUUUGUGAGGAUGAUUCAUGGCGGUGGUGCGUACUUCCAGUUUUUGAGGAAAGAGAGUGAGAAGCACGGAGAAAACUCUAACCUGACGAAGCUUUUUGGUUUCAGUAGUUGGUGCAGAUUUCCCUUCUACGAGGUUGAUUUUGGGUGGGGAAAGCCCACUUGGGUAGCCACUCCCUUAAAAUUUCAUAACGUUGCCAUUUUCUUAGACUCCAAAGAUGGUGAAGGAAUAGAAGCAUGGGUGUCUUUGUCUGAGGAACAUAUGAUGAAGUUUGAACAAAAUCCUGGCAUCUGUGCCUAUUCAUCUUUCAAGCCAAGCACUUAAAAUGAAUAUUUUCAUCAUCUACUGAUCUCUUGUUUUCUUUUGAGAAUGUUGAUUCUAUGCCACAAGUCAUGAGAUCAGUAAUCUAAUGGCAUAUUAAGGAGGUCACAUCCACGACCAUAGUGUGUUUGCAUAGUGUUUGAAUUAAUCCUUUAUGUUUUAGAAGUCUCUUUCCUAAGAAAUUCAAUGUACAAUAAAGUUCUCUCUUUCUUUUUAUA